UGCCACUUUUAUUUUUUGUUUUGGAGUUUUUGCUGUUUGUGAUUUCGAGUUGGAAUUGAAGUUGAAAGUUUAUCUCCACUGAAUAUCUAGGAUUCCCGGAAAAACUAUUUUUUGUCGAUUUUUUCGCUAAUUACUUUAAAUCUUGAAAUUUAAGCAUCAGUUUAAUUUGAACCAAACUAUUAAAUAUUAUAAUCAUAUUUAAACAACUAUUGAAGUGAAGUGCUGAUCACAAUGAGUUAAUGUGUGUACUCAUUGUGAUAUAUACUUUUUGGGAAGUAACACCAUAUUAAUUAAUUCGUCAUGCCUCCCGUAAAAUACAAUAACUGUGCUAGCAGAGGAGCCACAUCUCGCUUAAGACAAGAUUAUCUGCGGUUAAAAAGAGAUCCUGUCCCUUAUAUUAUUGCAGAACCUUUACAAACUGAUAUUUUAGAAUGGCACUAUGUAGUAACAGGACCAGAAAACACACCUUAUGAAGGGGGUUAUUUUCAUGGUAAACUAGUAUUUCCUGGAGACUUCCCGUUUAAGCCUCCUGCCAUAUACAUGAUAACACCCAAUGGCAGAUUUCGCACCAACAGGAAGCUUUGUUUGAGUAUAUCAGAUUUUCACCCUGACACAUGGAAUCCUACAUGGAGCGUCUCUACAAUUCUCACAGGACUGUUAAGUUUUAUGCUUGAAACAAGCCCGACACUAGGAAGUAUUGAGACUUCAGAAUAUGACAAACGACAAUUUGCUUAUAACUCCUUGGAAUUUAAUCUUAAAGAUAGCCAGUUUUGUGAGUUAUUUCCUGAAACAGUGGACCAAAUUACUGCUGAAGUGGAAAAACGAAAAACCACAGGGAAAACAGUCGUAGAAGCAAAAAAGUUUAACAUAGGUGCCACAGCCUCCUAUUACCAGUCAUGUUUUACAAACUUAUGUGUGAUUGUCGGCUUUGCUGCAUUUGCUCUUACUGUAAAAUAUGUGAUAAAGUCAACGAUGGCGGAACGGGACGACUAAGGUUAUUGUUAUAUUAUGUUUUAAAGUAUUAAAAUGUUUCAUGUAUUAUACAUAUAUAAGUUGAUAUAAAUCGUAAGUAUGAUACUAAUAAAAUUUUUGUUAGUAAAUAAAGUA